GCCUCAUUUACUCUGCGUAUGACGUAACCCACUAGUAGCCUACUAGCUGGUUUGCUAACAAGAAGGAAAAUGGAUUCUCCCAUACUGGAACCAUCCCUCUACACUGUCAAGGCAGUCCUGAUUCUGGACAACGAUGGAGACAGACUCUAUGCCAAGUAUUAUGAUGAUACCUACCCAACAGUAAAGGAGCAGAAGGCCUUUGAGAAGAACAUAUUCAACAAAACACACAGGACUGACAGUGAGAUAGCAUUACUUGAGGGCCUCACUGUUGUCUACAAAAGCAACAUAGACCUCUUCUUUUAUGUGAUUGGAAGUUCCCAUGAAAAUGAGCUUAUGCUUAUGGCUGUUCUAAAUUGCCUUUUUGAUUCCCUCAGUCAAAUGUUGAGAAAAAAUGUUGAGAGGAGGGCUUUGUUGGAGAACAUGGAGGGGCUCUUCCUGGCUGUAGAUGAGAUUGUAGAUGGAGGGGUGAUCCUAGAAAGUGACCCUCAACAAGUUGUGCACCGUGUAGCCCUUAGAGGUGAUGAUGUGCCUUUGACAGAGCAGACGGUCACACAGGUUCUUCAGUCGGCUAAAGAGCAGAUCAAGUGGUCACUCCUACGAUAGAGUCACCUCUGCGCCGGCCUAUCUGUGAGAGUCUGCUCAGCCCAGUCUUCAUGGCACUGAUCCACAUACUCCUUUUCCUCCGAUUUCCACUCCUUCAAUCAGAGCUGUGAGGAGAUCCGAUGGCUGAUCCAGUCACACUCCCAGGACUACUACUGCUUGACAAUUUCUUCUUCUUCUUUUUUUUUUUUUUUUCAUAACUAUUCUUGCACAGGCUUGCAUUAUGUGACAUAAUCCACAUGGGGAUAAGAUUUGGUGUACAUUCCAGUACCAGGGCUGCCCUGGUGUGUUCUGUUUGUUGGUUUCAUUGCAGAACCUUGGACUUUAUAAAACCAGCGUAUCUGUCUGUAAAGCCUAUGGCAACAUUCCAUGUGUCCUGAACAAGAAUUUAAUUUACACCCUCCUUAUUUCUCCAGAUUACUGUGUGAAGUAUUGAGCCACUGUCUUAUGAACCAGUCCAAAUGAAUAUUGUGAUUAAAAUGUGUACAACUCUUA